CUCGACUUCUCUCGUACGACACGAAGAAGAAGAAGAAGAAGAAAGGCAAAAAUGGCGUCGCUUUCUCUCACAUGUAAACCAUGGCCGAACACACUCUCUCUCUACAGCAGAAAGACUCCUGCUUUCUCUCUCCGUCGGCAGGCCGAGCGACUGGACUUCGCUCCUCGAGCUCAGACCUCAAGCUCGCUCCGAUACAAUCCUCUCAGCCUCAGAUUUUUGCUUGGAAAUGAGGGAAUUUUGAGGGGGAUGAAAACGAAGAAGAGAGGUAGUAGGGGAUCCGGUGCCGUGUGUUACGCUGCGCCUCUGUCUGUGCGGCAUCUCCAGUGGAUCUCGACCGUUUCUUCUGCGAUUUUGAUGCUUGCCAGAGGCACUGCCAUUAAGAAAUCCUUCAUCAUUCCAUUAUUUGCGAUACAAGCACCAGCAAGCGUCAUCGCAUGGAUUAAGGGUGAAUAUGGUAUUUGGACUGCAUUCUUAGCUCUUCUCGUUCGCCUCUUCUUCUAUAUUCCUGGUGAGCUUGAGUUGCCAUUUCUAGGGUUACUGUUAGUAAUUGUGGCGCCUUAUCAAGUUUUGAACCUAAGGGGAACACAAGAAGGUGCUAUUAUAUCCUUGGUGAUUGCAGCGUAUUUGGCUUACCAGCAUUUCUCACGAGCAGGAAGUUUGAAGAGGGCAUUUGACCAAGGUGCAAUCGUUGCCACCUCAGCCAUCGUUGGUAUCACUGUCGUGUCAUUUUUGCUUCUAAUUUAGUCUAUUGUACAUACGUAGCGAGUUCUAUUAUGUCAAUAUAGCAAGGUAUUAGCCCAUGUAGCUAGGAAAUAACCAUGAGAACGGUCAUGAUAUUCUAAUGUUUUAUUUCUCGUGUGAGAUGUAUUUUCCCCUUUUUCUGCAAGAAUACUAUCAGAUUUUAUAGAUAAUAUUAAAAUGUGACAUUUUUUUUAUUGUUUUUUAA